AUGAUAUGCAUAACGUGCAUGCGAUCUGUAGAUUCGCUUUAUACAGUGUAUUCAAAUGACCACAUUCAGUUGACAGAUUGUCCAUUCUGCAAAGAUACAGUGGACAAAUACGUCGAGAUUGACAACGUCCUGUUGUUUAUUGAUCUGCUACUAUUAAAAGCAGGUGCAUAUAGACACUUGGUAUUCAAUUCUUUGGAAUUGCAUCUCUCAAAAUAUCCGAGAGGAAAAGCGCUAAAUGAUUGCCAGUGUUUGCGUGAUUAUACGCAAGCUUUGAUAUUUAAUAUCAAGAACUGGUUUUGUAAAUAUGACCGAUUAAAUCGCCUUUGGCUUCUGUUACUAUCGUUCGAGAUUUAUUUAACUUGGGUUACUGAGGAGAGUAAAUACAUCUACUAUUUGAACCGUAACAAUAAUGAUGGUAAGCUCAUCAUGCUUUCAAAGAAAUUGCCAGAAAGCUUCAAAUGGGACUCGGCAAUCAUGCGCAAUACCAUCACAAAUAAAGUGUUUACCUGGAGCCCACCAAUACAAUAUCUUUACUUUGCAAGUUAUUGUAUUCUUGACGUUUGUUUAUUUCACACAUUUAUUCAGUAUUUCAUACUGAAAAAGCUGCAUUGGCGACAACUGUCCGUUUCUUCAAAGGAUGUGAUAUCAUACACGAUCCUAUUAUCGUAUGGCGCCAAAAUUUUUCCCAUAUUGAUGUUGAUAUGGCCUUAUGAUACUCUGAUUUCGAUGAGUAUCAUCAAGUGGGUAGCUAAUUUCUAUAUUAUUGAAUCGUUGAAGAUUGUGACUAAGCUUUCCUAUUGGAAUAUCAUAAAGAUUUUUAUAUGUGUGUCUCUAUUACGUUAUUGCAUAGUCAAGCCAAUACUUAUAGUUUUCGUGGCAAAAUUCAACUUUUCGAUUAUUAAGAAUUUAAUCCAUCAGGAGUUUAUGUUGCUACUGCAGAAGUCAGGAACUUAUUUAUUUUUAUAA